AUGUAUUACUCCAAUAAUACAGUUAAACAAUCCAAUCCGAAUGACUUACAAAGUAUCUCUAUUGGUACAACAAGUAUAACUACGUCGGAAAAAACUGUACCAACACCAGAUCCCUUUGACGACGACGACGACGAUGAUGAUUUUGAUGACCUGACACCAGCGCCAUCUACCGGCGGCAGUAGUGUGUUCAGCCUUCUAAAAUUAGUCACCGGUUUAUUUCCAGGAUCUAGUUCAGCUAAUAUUGUUGAAAGCAUGUUAAAAAUGUUUAUAAAACAAAUGAUGCUGAAAUCGAAUCGUCGUCAAUUUGUAAAAGAUAAUGAAAUUGUUAAUGAAGAAAUAACUAAAUUGAAGACUCUGUUUGAAAAGCAAGAGAACGAAAUCACAUCAGUUGAAGGUGAAAUCGAAGACUCGAAGGAAAAUGUAAACGUAGAAGACAAUAUACGUAAUAUUUCUAAAGAAAAUUCAGAUUCCAAUUUAGACUCCAUCGAAGAUGAAGAUAAUGAUUCAGAAUAUGACUCUGAUGAACCUUUAGGUGGUGGGGAUGGAGGAGGAGGUGGUAUUCUAGGUCUCUUAGCAGGGUUAAGUGGCGGGGAAGAUGGCCAGUCAGAUUUAGGAUCACUUUUAGCUACUGUUAGUGGAAUUGUUGCGAAUCUUAGCGGAGACGGUAUCGAUUUGAAUAGUCUCAUAGCCUCCGGAAUUGGACUGUUUGCUGGACUUCUGUCAGAAGGAGAAGAGAAUCCGGGAGCUGUUAUUGCUAGUUAUCUUUUAACUUCAUUGGACACUAUAACUGGCGGAGGAGCGCAAAAUAAUGGCGCAUUUUUCGGAAACUUUCUUUCCAAGUUAGUCAAAGGCACAAGCGCUGCCGGAGACCCAGAUUCAAGUUCUGAAGAUGGAAAUAAGCCAAUGGCUGAUUCUGGUGGUUUUGUUGCCAGUUUUAUAAUUUCUUUAUUGGGAGAUAUGUCAAAAUCAAGUUCAGGAGGUAGCUCCCAUCGCUGA